AUGUCGGUUCCAUGGCUGGGUGGCAGGACAGUACAAUCACUUGGAUUUUAUGCUUAUCGAAAAUGUGAAAAGUCACAGGCAUUAUUAUCAGUUAUCAACGAUGAUAAAGGAAUCCAUCAUGAAUGGUCUCCACCCCAUAAGAUAGAAAGCUCAGACCUUGUUGCAGACUCUGAGAGUACAUUUAAGUAA